AUUUAAACUUUAUUGAAGAGUGCCUGCAGUGCACCGUAUGCCUUUGCAUGCUAUUUUUAAAAUAUUUUUCAAUUACUAGACAUAUAAAACCGCUAUGAUCAAAGAGUAAAUGUGUUUAUAUUUAAGCGCGUCUUGAAUGCUAUUACUUGUUACAUAAAACCGAAGUGGGUUUGUUAUGUAUACGCUAUUCUUUAACGCUACGGCUCCACAACUGAACAAAUAGCAAUGGUCCACGAUUCAUUGGUCCUGAAAUUUCUUCCUUGUCAUGGAUGCAAGUUGCAACGUAGACUUAGUGUAAGAGGCAUCCCAUUAAAAUGGUCCUCAUAUACUUACCAUGCUGUUAAAUAUUUCCACAGCAGCCAAAGAGCAUUAAAUCACUACCAGACUUUAGGUGUUAGGAAAACUGCCCCACUCAAGGAAAUAAAAGCAGCAUAUAUAAAACUUUGCAAAAUAUAUCAUCCAGACAAGAAUAAAUUUACCAGCGGGAAGUUUUUGGACAUUAAUGAGGCAUAUGAAACACUGAAGGAUCCAAGUACACGUCACAAAUAUGAUGUAUCUUUGGGAACAGCUAUACCUCACUCUGAAAACAUUAAAGUCAGGGGGCCAAGGAUGAAAUAUGCUAGAACUCCACCUACCACAGCAUCUGAUAGAAGUAGUAUGUAUCACAAUUGGCCUAAUUGGACGAAGGAUAAGGUUGGUGGUGAUGCCGAUGAUUUUCCCCCCCUUACCGCCUAUGAGGCAUAUGGGCCAGUUGCUAAGGUUGUACUAAUCGUUUUGCUGACUCUAUUUAUCACCAAAGAAGUUCGCAGAUAUGAUCAACGUCAGCUAGAUGAGAAGAGAGCAAAGAUUUAUGCCAGACCUGCUAAUUUUAAUAACGGAAGGCAUCACUUACAGACAGAAUUCAAAAGUAAUGAAGAUCAGAAAAUUGCACUAGAACUUGCAAAAUUGAAAAAGACACCAGCUGUUGUCCACAAGCCUGGAGAAUUUGAACUUCUUUAUUUAAAUGUUAAAAAAAGGAAAGCGAAGAAAUUUUGAUGUAGGUGUUUUAUAAAUUAGGAACGGAUAUUAUAUCAUUGUGUUUGAAGAUAAUGCUUGUUAUCAUUUUAAUUAUAUACAGACACUGUAAGUGUUUGUAUAUAUAUUUCAUCAUUACUGCUGUUUUUGCCCCAAACCAAAUUAGUCGAGUACUUUUGUUGAGAAAAGUCCCUUUUUUUGUUUUUUUUUUGUAAAAUUUGAUUAUAUUGAGAGAAUUUUUUUUUAAAAUUUAUUUAUUUAUUUUUUUUUGUAGAUGCUGUUGCGAUGUUAUUUUUUUCUGUUUGGUGUCUGUAUAGAUGUCAGAUUUACUGUCUAGUUUAUAUAUUUAUUUAUUUUGUGUAAAACCAAGACAUCAUGGUAAUUCAGCCCAGUUUGUAUCAAGUGGAGGUUUUAUUUAUAAUACAUUUGAUGUAGAGUGUACCAAAAAAUAAGAAUAUACUAUAUGUUUACUUCAUGAAGUCUAUCUGACAAACCAGGUUACUUAUGAAGGAACUUGUCAGGAACCAUGGUUAUCAAAACUCUUGGAUUUGUGAAGUUUAUGGAAACUUCCACAAGUGAAAAAGCGUGAGUCAGAAAAAUGAAGGAUGUGAGAAAUAAAACUACGUAGCAAAAUAGUAAAUGACAAUACCCAAAUAAGUUGAAAGGUUUUUAUCAAUAAUUAAGUAAAUGGUAUAUUUUAAUUUUUUUUAUUUGGUAACGUCUACCUAAAAAUAAUGGUGUACAUGAUGUCUUCCAACAAACUUAUGAUCAUAUAUUUAAAGGACCUAAUAAAGUUUAAAUGAAUACUA